UAUGGCCUAUGCCGUCAUAUAUGUUAAAAGUCACAUUAUUGUCUCCUCAUUAGUAGCUUCAAUCCACUGGUUCAGUUGCUCCUCUUAAAGAAGUUCAUCAUUGCUUUCCCAAAGUUCAACAAAAAUGAGAAACAAAAAACUCCUCCCAUGGCCAUGGAUGCUCACUUUCUUCACUCUACUACUAGCCCCAGUCGACUCAACCGACCAGCCUCCAUUUUCUUGUGACCCUUCAGACCCAUCAACAAGUUCCUACAUUUUUUGCAAGGCUACACUUCCCAUUAUACAGAGAGCCCGGGACCUUGUCUGUAGACUCACUUUAGACGAGAAAAUCUCACAACUCGUCAGCUCUGCCCCACCGAUUCCCCGACUCGGUAUCCCGGGUUAUGAGUGGUGGUCCGAGGCAUUACAUGGUGUUGCCAAUGUGGGUCGGGGCAUCCGUUUCAAUGGCAAUAUCAAGGCUGCCACAAGCUUCCCUCAAGUCAUCCUCACUGCCGCUUCUUUUGACGCCUAUCAGUGGUAUCGCAUCGGCCUGGCGAUUGGAAAGGAAGCUAGAGGGAUAUACAAUGCGGGGCAAGCUGAGGGCAUGACGUUUUGGGCUCCGAACAUCAACAUUUUUAGGGACCCAAGAUGGGGGAGAGGACAGGAGACUCCUGGAGAGGAUCCAUUGGUUACAGGAAAGUAUGCGGUGUCGUAUGUGAGAGGGGUUCAAGGAGAUGCUUUUGAAGGAGGGAAGCUUCAAGGGCAUCUUCAAGCAUCUGCUUGUUGUAAGCAUUUUACAGCUUAUGAUUUGGACAACUGGAAGGGCGUGAACCGUUUUGUUUUUGAUGCUCGUGUCACUAUGCAAGAUUUGGCAGAUACCUAUCAGCCUCCAUUCCAGAGUUGCAUACAGAAAGCAAGAGCUAGUGGUAUAAUGUGUGCUUAUAACCGUGUUAAUGGAGUCCCCAGCUGUGCAGACUACAACCUCUUGUCCAAUAUUGCCAGACGCCAAUGGGAUUUUCACGGGUACAUUGCAUCUGACUGUGAUGCGGUCUCCAUCAUCCAUGAUGAUCAAGGAUAUGCUAAAUCACCGGAAGAUGCUGUUGUUGAUGUGCUUAAAGCUGGCAUGGAUGUCAACUGUGGAUCCUACUUGCAAAAGCAUGCUAGAUCAGCAGUGGACCAGAAUAAACUUCCUGAAUCUGAAAUUGACAGAGCUCUUCACAAUCUGUUCUCUGUCAGAAUGAGAUUAGGCCUUUUCAAUGGAAAUCCAUCUGCACAGCCUUUUGGUAACAUUGGUCCAGACCAAGUUUGCUCCCAAGAGCACCAAAUACUAGCUCUUGAGGCUGCCCGAAACGGCAUUGUCCUUCUAAAGAACUCGGCAAAACUCCUUCCUCUUUCGAAAUCCAAAACAAUGUCUCUUGCUGUAAUCGGCCCUAAUGCCAAUUCAGGACAGACACUCCUUGGAAACUAUGCUGGCCCUCCUUGCAAAUUUGUGACACCAUUGCAAGCAUUGCAGGGUUAUGUUAAAGACACUGUUUACCACCCGGGAUGUGAUACGGUUCAGUGCUCAUCAGCGGCAAUCGACAAGGCAGUAGACAUAGCAAAAAGUGCAGAUUUUGUGGUGUUAAUAAUGGGAUUGGACCAAACACAAGAGAGAGAGGAGCUUGAUCGUGUGGAUUUGGUGCUUCCUGGUAUGCAACAAAAUCUCAUUACCAGCGUUGCCAAAGCUGCGAAAGAACCAAUUGUUCUGGUGCUGAUUUGUGGAGGUCCUGUUGAUGUGUCCUUUGCGAAGCAUGAUAUUAAAAUUGGAAGCAUUUUGUGGGCUGGUUAUCCUGGUGAAGCUGGAGGGAUCGCCCUAGCCGAAAUCAUCUUUGGUGACCACAAUCCAGGAGGAAGAUUACCGAUGACCUGGUAUCCUCAAGAAUUCGUCAAAGUACCAAUGACGGACAUGAGGAUGCGGCCUGAACCAUCUUCAGACUAUCCCGGGCGAACUCACAGGUUCUACACAGGAGACAGUGUGUUUGAAUUUGGCCACGGCCUCAGCUACUCCAAGUAUACUUACGAGUUCAAAUCUGUCUCCAAAAGUACACUAUACUUGAAUCAGUCCCUGGCAACGUACAAAAUUGACAAGUCUGAUUCAGUACGUUAUUUGUCAGUUUCGGAACUGGGUACAGAGUUCUGUGAAAAACAAAAGUUCCCAGUUUUUAUUGGAGUUGAAAACCAUGGGGAUAUGGCAGGUAAGCAUCCGGUAUUGGUUUUUGCAAGGCAGGCAAAGCAUGGAAAUGGAAGGCCAAGAAAACAGUUGGUGGGUUUCAAAAGUGUCAUUUUAAGCCCAGGAGAAAGAGCUGAAAUCGAAGUCGAGUUGAGCCCCUGUGAACACCUUAGCAGAGCUAAUGAAGAUGGUCUGAUGGUCAUGGAAGAAGGAACACAUUUCUUGGCCACAGGAGGUGAUGAACACCCAAUUUCUAUCAUUGUUUAAUCUGCAAAAAUAAAAUAAAAUAAAGAUUUAACUUGUUUAUAGCCACUGCUACCACAUAGAUGAACUCUGGAAUAUGGUCAAAGUAUGUUUGUAUUGCCUUACUGACGUAAAUAAAGAUACCAGAGGCGUUCCUGGGGUGGGGGCGA